AUGGACAUAUAAAUAAAAAAGUUAACAACGGUGAUUAAUUAACUAUCCAAUAAAUUAGAGCAAUUGUAACUAAUCUAAAAUUUUGAAUAUAAACAAAUAUCAGAUGUAAUAAAAGUAUUUUUAAAUUAUUGUAGCUUUUAUUAGAAAUUAAUCAAGUCAACGCUGAAAUAUGUCUACUCAUUUAAUCUGUAAUUAAUAUUGAUGUAAGUCAAUUAAUGGAUAAAAUCUUUAAUUGUCUACAAAAUCUAUUAGUUUAUGUAUUGAAGAGUAGAGAAUAAUUAAAUUCUAAGAAAAUACAUUAAAAGUCUUAAUCUAUUUAAUUAGUUGAUUCAUGUGUAUAAAACUUAGCAACAUAACAAAGUUUAUUAGGUGGAGUACCUGUUUCUAAAUAAGGAAAUCCCACCUUAAAAGUCAAAAAUAUAACAUAAGUACCUUGGUAUGAUACAUCUUAAGUUAUUCAUAUUCCAAAGAAAUUUGUUGAUAAAUAUACUUGUACAACUGAAGAUUAUUAUAUGAACUGUUCAAAGGCAAUAUCAGAUUAAGCUAAUAGAUAAAUGGAAUUUGAUAGUAUACUCUAAUUUGCAAAUGAAUCAAUUGCUAUAAUGGGAGAAGCAUUAUAGAAUAAAAUAUUGAGAGAUUAUAAGGAGAAAGGGAAACCAGAAGAAUUAGAGAAGUUAAUGAAUGCUAUCAAAUUUAAAAAAGAAGAUUUAGAUCAAAUUAUAAAAUGUGUUGAUUUAGAUUUAUUGAAAGAUAAAGUUGAAAAUUAUGAAUUUAUUGAAACAGAAAUCAAAAAUCAUAUAAUAUAAGUUUAAAAAGAGACAGCAGAAAGAGUAUUUCUAUAUUGUAAAUAAUUAUUCAAGGAAUAAAUAAAGAAAGGAAAAUAUCUAUCAUAAGAUUAAUUUAAUAGAUAGACUACUAUUUUUAAAGGAGAUGAAUGUAGAUGUUCAAUUUAUGUAGGAGAGAUUGUGUCUCUUUAAAAUAAGACUGAAUCUUAAUCUUAAUAAAUUAAUAAGUAAGUAGGGGAAUUGAAAGAAAAGGAUAAAGUAAUUUAAGAUAUGGAAUUAUAAAUGAAAUUGCUUGAUGGAUAAUUAAAGUAAAAUUUAUUAGAGAAAUAAGAUUUGAAAUUAAAAAUUGAUUCAUAAUUAAAUAUAUAAAGAAGAGGAUCAGUAUUGUAAAGAUAAUCUAGUUUCAUGAAGAAUAUCUAAUAAGGUGAUGAAUAGAAUUAAGAUCAAUAAUAAUCUAUUAGUCCAAAUAGAAAGAUGUCAAGAGAAGAUAAGAUUCCAUUAAAUAGAAAUACAAAAUCUUAGAUUUUAUUACCAAUUUAAUAAAUAAAUGAAAAUUUGGAUGAUAAUUAAAUUAGUAUUCUAAUUUAGAAAGAUAAAAUGAUGGAAAGAUUAAUAAUAUUAACUAAUGCUUUAGAUAAAGGAAAUAAAGAUAGAAGAUUAUCAUAAUUAUAAUAUGUAGUAGAAUAGAAAGGAGAUAGAUAAUUAACAGAUAUGUUUGAUUUAAUUAAAGAUAUUGAAGAAAAUGAUUUAUAAUUUAAAGAUACAAAAUCAUUUUGUCAUAGUCAAUAAGAUUUUGAUGAUUCUAGAUCACCUAUUAAUAUGCCAAAACAUUAUCAUUCUUAACAUAUUGUAGAUUAAGGAGAAGCAUUACCAAGAUAAAAGUUUUAAUCUACUAGAGAUUUGAAUUCACCUAGAGUUUCACAUCUAGAAUAAAUUAAAGAAAUUGAUGAGAAUAAACAUAUUUUAUUAAUUCCUAUUGAAUAAAAUGUUGCUAAAAGAAAAUAAUCAAAAAAUACUAGUUAAUCUAGUUUUAAUGAUAGUAAUCAAUAACUUGAUGAUGCAUCACCUGAAAGUAAAUAAAAACAUAGAAUAACAAGAACUUAAUCUAAUAAUUAAAAGAUAUUUGAAAAUAAAACUGAAAAAGUUAAAAGAACUAGUUCUAUUAAAUUAAAAAUUAACAGAAAAAUCUCUAAUUAAAAUACAUCAAAUGAUAUUCUCUCGAAUCCUUAUGGAACUUCAAAUGUUUAACCUAUAAAUUCAGGUAGUUUAACAGAAAGAUUACCUAUAAGACAUGGUACUUUAUAGGAUGAUUAAUUCAAAUUUGAAAAAAAUACUGAAAAUGAUGAAACUUAAAUGAAAUCUUCUAUUAAUAAUCAUAGUCUCCAUGAUAAACCUUAUCAUAAUUAAUUAUAAUCAGGUUCAACUACUUAACAUCAUACUCCAAAUAAUUCUUCUCGAUUAACCAAAUUGAAAUCAAUUAAUUAAAAUAGUGAUAAUAUUUCAUCUAAAUAUGCUUCUAAUUAAAAGACUAUCCCUGAAACAUAUGUUUAAAAUGCCAUAUAAAAUCUUUAAUAAACUAAAUUUCAAGAAUUAUAAACUUAGAUUUAAGAUACAUUCUAAAUUCAAGAAGAAAAUGAUAAAUUAAUUAAAAAAUAAUCCUUAGCUACUCAUAAUAAUAAUAAUGGUAUAUAAUAAAAAUAAACCUCAUUAUAAAAUAAUUAAAUAUAAUAAUCAUAAAGAGAAUCCACAUCCAUUAAUUUAAAUAUCAUUAAUGAAAAUAAAAAAACAUAAAAAUCUAAUUAAAAUACAAAUAAUCCUAAUUUAGAUGAUAAUAAUGGUGAAUCUAGUAAUAGAUCAUAAAGAAAAGUAAGUCGAUAAAAUAUGUCUCCUCAUUCCAAUUAUAAAACUGUUGGAAAUGAAACAGUAAAUUUAUAAUCUUAUAAAUAAUCACUUCUUGAUAGAUUGACUUAAUAAAAUGAUUUAAAACCAUAAGUUACUAAUCAUAAAACUCAAACAUCUGUUGAAAAUUUAGAAUCCAAAAAAUAAGAUGCAUUUAUUAAAGAUUAUAUUAAAAAAUAAAAAGAAGAUUUUGAGAAGAAACAAAAAGAAGAAAGAGUAAUGUUUGAUUAAAAUUUAUUUGAUAUAGCUGAAUAAUAGGAGGAAUAAAUUAUUAAAUAUGCACUUAAUAAUACUUAAGGAUAUAUGAUUUCAUAAGAAAUAAAUGAUACUAUUGUUAAAUAAAUGUAUUAAAAUUUAAAAGAAAAUGGAACACAAAUUACCUAGACUAUUAAUAAAUUUUAUCAAAAAUAAGAAAAUUAAAAUAUUGAUUUCUAAGAUUUUCAAAAUUUUGUCUCCAAAUUUUAAAAUCUACAUAAAAGAUGUGGAAAAGAUUGCAUACAUGUUACAAGGUAUAAAUUUACAAUUUUAUUUAGAUUUUACAUGAGAUUAGGAUUUAUACCAAUUAAAUAUUUGAAUAAAAGAAAAGCAAUGAGAUUAGCUAAACCAGUUGUAUUACCAGGUUUCCCUAAAGUAACUUGA